CGGAAAAACUCAACAAGGAGCAAGCUCGAAAGUUAAAGACACAAACAAAACACUAUCUUGUACGAGAAGGGAUAUUAUAUCAGAAAAAUGGCUCUGAUCCUGAACGACCCUUGAGAGUUUUACAAAAAGAACAAGUGCCAAUAAUGCUGCAAGCCAUGCAUAAUGAUCCUGUAGCAGGACAUCUCAGUAAAGAAAGAGGGAAGCCUAAGGCAAGAGAAGCAUUACAUCCAAUAAAAGUGACCCAGCCAUUUAAUCGAAUUGAGAUUAUACAUGCCACUGAAAUAG